AUGAAAACAGCAGGCGUCAUCAUCCUCGUCAUCGUCCUCGCCCUCGUGGCCGCAGCCAUCUGGUGGGUGGUCUACACCCGGUUGCGCGCCCACCGACUAGGCCUCCCUCCACCGCCCCUAAAAUCCUACCUCCCCUUCUCGAAAUCAACAUCCUCCUACGCCGGCCCGCAGCCUGCCCCCGGCGGCAUCAUCGGCUGGAUCAACGACCGCAUCCGCCUCUUCCGUUACCGCAACACGCGCACCGCCGCCGGCGCAUAUGAGGGCACUGCCGGCGGGUACAACGCUCGGUAUGGCGGUCCCCACGACGACGAUGCCUGGGAUACGAGGGUCGGCGCGUACAGUCCGUAUGAUCAUGACUUGGAGGAGGGGAUUCCUCAGGGGCAGCAGCAGCAUGAAGGGAGGUAUAGUAGUAGUGCGUAUGAUGCGCAGACGAUGGGACCGACGAAGGUUGGAGGUACCGCAGCGGGAUAUGACUAUUCGUCGCCUUAUGGAGAGGCUUACGCUACCGGCGGUAGGCCUGAGGGUGAGGGAUACCAGAUGAACUUGCCCGUCGGAGACGCGACUACCGGCGCUUCGGCGAAAACUCAGCAACAACAAGAUGAUGAAGAAGAGAGAAGGGGUCGUCCGCGCAGCAGGUCGCCUGCGCCAGGUGACGUGGGGAAGAACCCUUUUGCGGACAAGAACCCCUUUGAGGACGAGGCCGAGCCGAGUAACCUCAGCAUGCGCGGGGUGAGCCCCAAUCCUGUGGCUGUGGCGACGACGACAGCGGGAGAAAGUAGCGGAAAUAUGUCGUUUGCAGCGAGGAAAGCGAGAGGCGAGGAGGAUAGGAAGAGCAUCUUCCGAGAGGAUGUGUGA